UCUAUCUGAAUGGAUUUUAAUUUUUUAUGUGUGACAUAAGUGCUGUCUCAUUUUAGGGAAAUAAAUAUAAUAUAUAUUUUUAAAUAUGAUAACUAACCAGGAUGAUUUCAUGUAUCCGCAAAUUUUGUUUCCUUAUCCAAAGGCACAAUUAAUUGUCUUGAUUAAGAUUGAAGAGAAAAUGGAGCCAGCCGAGAUGAAAUUGGUUGUCCUGAAGAUUGUAGCAGCUACCUUUGUAAUGUCUUACCAUCUUGACUGCUGCAAUGCAGAUAUAAAUUGUAUCCAGAGGGCCACACAUUUUUACAGAGAAAUAACAAAUAACACAGGUUGUGUAUCCAACUCUUCAAUUGACCUUUUCAUGAGAAACCUAGAGAAAAAUUGUUCUGGAAUUUGUUCAAAAACAAAAUACGUAAAUUCAGAUGGGUAUGUUAAAAUAAUUCUAAAAUAUAGUGCCGAAGAUAUUGUACGGUUAGCAGAAAAGAAGAAUACUGAAUGUGGAUACAAUAGUACAAAUAUCGUUCUACAGUGUAACAUUAAUCUUCAGACACAAAAGUCUCUUCAAAGCUGCAUUACAAGCAAAUGUAUUUAUGGAAAUCAUUCCGAUGAACGAAAAGAAACAGUCCAAUGGUCUGCAUGUGGCGUCAACGCUAGCCCUCUUAUCAUAAGUGUAGCCAUAUUCGUUGGACUUAUUAUCGGUUCUAUUCUAACAAUGUGUUUGAAAGAUAAAAAUAAUUGUAGAAGAUGGAGUCCGAUAUUUCAAUCACUGACAGAAGACGAGGGAAAAAAUUGUAACAACAGUGGAGUACCUGAAGCUUUAGUCAAGGUAAGGAUGAAUCCAAAUUGAAAGCAGUCUAUAUAGUUAGAUAAACAC